AUGGAACAAGAUUCACAUCCCAGGAUUGGACUCAUGUUGACGGAGGGGCAGUUCGAGGCGCUUGUCACACGCCUUCAUGACAAAUCGGUUGAACACAAAGCGGAGACCCUUCGACAACUGGACGCCCGUUUUUAUCCAACAGCCCCACCAAAACGGCUACCAAAAGAAGCAAUUGAGAGUAGCGUCGUGCGGCAGGUCGAUCAUGAAAUGAACAGACGACGUGCAGCUCGUGAAAAUUUGGAGAUUCAAGAGGAAAGGAAAACUUUAUCCAAAAAAAUAUCCUCCGCCGAUGUCGAGAGUAGUGUGGAGAGGCUUUAUACAGAAACGCUCGCACGCAAAAAAGCCAAUAUGGAGGAGAGCAGAAAACGAUACCUCUAUGCGGGACCUGACAUGGUGAAGAAAAACGCAAAGGAGAUACAGGAAUACGUGGGACGUCUUGCAGUGCCUAAAAAGAAAGAGUUUACAAUCGAGGAAGUGAACAAGGUAUACGACCUUGUCUAA